AUGAGCUCUCUUCAAUUCCCGGAUCUUCACGAACCUUUUGCCAUCCUCACGGAUAGGCUUAUAUUGUUUCCAACCCCCAUCGCUGUGUCCUCACCUACGUACCGAAAAAUGUAUGCAAGGCUGCACGCCGAUGCGGGGUUCUGCCGAAUGGGCUUUGGGAGCGGAUUCCCAAUCAAGAACUGGAGUGACAACGAAACCCAGUCAGUCAUUAAGACACGUGACAUCGAGCGCUCGUGGAAGAAGUACAACUUGGGCGAUUUCGCUGUGGGGUUGCGGGGGUCUUCUCAAUCCGAUGUUAAAGAUGCGAAUUCAGAUAAGCCACGACUAUCAGUGCUCAGAGCAGCUGAACUGGAGAACAUGAUUGGACUAGACCUGGUGCUCCUUGAUAAGAUUCAUUGGGUUGGCUAUGCCGGUAUUCGCGAUGCAUCAACCACUUCGAUGCCAACACGAGAGGCCGGAGACCCCGCUCUCCCACCUUGGCAGGAGAUGAUUGAACUGCGAUAUGGUGUCUCCCCAGAAUGCUGGGGUACGGGCAUUGCUAAAGAAGCGGCCCAGGCGGUCAUGGAAUGGGCAAAGGAUGAACGGGGCGUGAAGAGAUUCAUCGCCGAAACCGAGAGAGAUAAUGAGCGAAGUGGACGAGUAUUGCAGAAGCUUGGAUUUAGCCACAGUGGAACAAAUUACUGGAAGGAACCGGAGGAGAUUGAAUGGGAAUUGGUAGUGCAAUAA